CGGCGUUCAACAGUCGUUAGUCCGUCAGUCGUCAAACAGUCGGCCGCACGUCAUCGUCUCUGUUGACUGCACUUGACCACGAUCUGCCACGUUUUCAUAAACGGAACGGCUUUUUUUUCCGAUUUUUUUUUUCGUCCUCUCAACCGACGAUCGUUUGAAUAGUCCACAUAGAUUCCCGACGAUGAGGAGCAGCUGGUUACGCGUGUUGGCCGCGGUGUGCGCCGCCGUGGCGCUGGCACAGGCCGCCGAACAACAGCAGCAACAAGGCGCCGUCGGCCAGUCCGAGACGCUGGCCAACGGUCUGAAGAUCGAGUACGUGUACACGUUGGAAGGAUGUGAGCCCAAGUCCAAGGUCAACGACAUGCUUACCAUGCACUACACCGGCAAGCUGUUGGACGGCACCAAGUUCGAUUCAAGUCACGACCGAGACCAGCCAUUCACUUUCCAAUUGGGUGUGGGACAAGUGAUCAAGGGAUGGGAUUUGGGAUUGACCAAAAUGUGCGUCGGUGAGAAGAGGAGGCUGACCAUACCAGCCAAUCUAGCAUACGGUGACCGCGGUGCCGGAAACGUCAUUCCCGGAGGAGCCACUUUGGUGUUCGACGUCGAGCUGUUGAACGUUGGUGACCAGGCGCCAACCACAAACGUGUUCAAGGAGAUCGACCAGGACCAGGACAAACAGCUGUCCAGGGACGAGGUGAGCGAAUAUCUGAAGAAACAGAUGGCAGCGGCCGAGGGCGCGGAGGGUGGUGAUGACAUCAAACAGAUGAUGUCCGACCACGAGAAGCUUGUCGAGGAAAUAUUCCAACACGAGGACAAGGACAAGAACGGGUUCAUAUCGCAUGACGAGUUCACCGGGCCCAAGCACGACGAGCUUUGAUGAGGGACACGAUGUAUGUGUUUGUGGGGGAGGGGGGAUGGAAAUGGUCGGGAGGAGCCGGUUCGUGGAAUUACGCCGCGCACGUCAUCAUAUGACAUAUUAUAAUAUAUAAUAUGUAUACGCAUUAUGAUGUCUGGACGAAAGUGCUCUCUUAAUCUGGGUACUCCAGCAUUAUUUUUCUUU